UAUAUUAGUUGUAUGGGAGAGAAGUUGAUCAGAGAUCAGAAAAUAAAUACAAAGAUAUAAAGGUGGCAAAAAAAGCUGUAUGUGGGAACUUGAAGCUGUAGAAAUCUGCUCAGACUUCAGCUCUUUAGACUUAGCUUCUUCCAUCAAAUUCAUCAAAAACCCAUCUUUGAUUUGAUAUUUCCAAAGCUGAUUUCACUCUCAUCACCAUCUUUUUCAAGAGUUUUCACCUUUUUUUUAGUUUUUUCAUACGCGUAGAUUCCCACGAUUUUUACACUCUAUAGCUACUAAAAGUUCUUAUUUCAGACCCCAAAAGCUCUCAUUUUGUGCAUCCUCUCCAAAAUGAAGCUUUUCAGUUGGAUGCAAAACAAGCUCAAUGGCAAUAAACAAGGGAUUAUUAGAAAACCAAAUGCAGCUUCAUCUACUCAUCAUGAGAAACAAGGUUCUCGAGAAGAAUUCAGUGAUUGGCCUCAUGGGUUGCUGGCAAUUGGAACUUUUGGCAACAAUGAACUAAGAUCAGAAAAUCUUGAAAUCCAAGAUGUUGAAGAAAUUCACCAACAAGUUGAAGAAAAAGAAGAAGAAGAAGAAGAAGAAGAAGAGGACCCAUCUUCCUCAGAGGAUUUACAAGAUUUCACACCUGAAGAGAUUGGAAAAUUACAGAAAGAAUUAACAAAGCUCUUGUCCAAAAAACCAACUUCUGAUAAGGAAAAGGAAGUUGCUAAAACCCUCCCUUUGGAUAGAUUUCUCAAUUGCCCAUCAAGCUUGGAAGUUGACAGAAGAAUCAGUAACACAGCCACUAGUGAUAUUGAUGAUAAUGAAGAAAAUAUUGAGAGGACAAUAAGUGUAAUUCUUGGUCGAUGCAAGGACAUUCGUGAGAAAAAUAAAAAGAAAUCAAUUGGCAAGAAAUCCAUUUCUUUCCUUCUCAAGAAGGUUUUUGUUUGCAGAGGUGGAUUUGCUCCUCAGCCAAGUCUGAGGGAUACUUUUCAAGAAUCAAGAAUGGAAAAGCUUUUGAGGACAUUGCUUCACAAGAAGAUUAACCAUCAGAAUUCUUCUCAGACAUCAUCAAUGAAGAAAUAUCUUGAGGAUAAUAAACAGAUAACAAUGGAGGAAAAUGAAAAAGAAGGAAAAAGAGAAAAGACUUGUGAUGGGGGAAAAUGGGUGAAGACAGAUUCUGAAUACAUUGUUCUAGAGAUUUAAAUCUGGCUGAAAGUAUUAACAAAUUUAUAUUACAAGAUUCAUAUCUGGAUUUGAGAAGAUCAAGAACUCUACAAGGAGAAUGCUAAACCAUGCAUCAAUAAUAACAGCUAGGAUGUUAUACUUCUGUUGCUGGUGGCUAUCCCCUUUUUUCAUGGUUGCAUCUGAGUGCAAUACAUGUUAGAUACAGAUCAUUGUCCAAGGAUUUCUGUAGUCUGUCCAAGCAAAAGCUAGACAUUCUCUAAAUUUUUUGUCCUAUCAUCCUCUGUGUUUACUCUGUAAUAUACUUCUUUAACUGUAAUAAUAUGACAAAUAUCACCCAUUAAUUUUUAAUUUAUUUGGUUCUAA